UGCAAAGGCUCGUGUCUAAGUGUGGAUCUGCACCGCUUCUCAGCUCCUGCCUGGCUUUCCUCUAACCCAACUCUAACCCACCCUGCAAGAAACGGAUCACAGAUGCAGAGGCCAGUGCAAACCCUGUGCUGCCCAAGCUCUCUGAGGAGGGUGGAGAUGGGUGCUGCUUGCGCUCAGCUACUUUUUGCUGCCAUCUUGUGGACAAUGCCUUACCUAGGCACGCCUGCUUCCAUGUUGUCCGGCCCCACGACCCUCCUCAACGUGACCAGUGUUGGUUGGGAGAUAGCGGACUCAGACAUCAGGAAUCUCACCACCAUCAACAUGCCUCGCAGUAGGCGGAAGCGAGCCAUAUCGUCCAAGGAAAUGAAGGCCUUGUUGGAUUACCAUAACCGUGUUCGUUCACAGGUCUUCCCCCCAGCUGCCAAUAUGGAGUACAUGGUGUGGGAUGAGCGUCUGGCUAAUUCAGCAGAUUCCUGGGCUUCACGCUGCAUAUGGGAUCAUGGACCAACACAAGCCAUGAAAUAUAUGGGCCAAAACCUGUCAAUCAACUCUGGAAGGUACCGGUCGAUCAUUGAGUUGGUGAGGUCAUGGCAUGAUGAGAAGAACUCCUUCUCCUACCCUAACAGAUGUAGUGGGUCAGUCUGUACUCACUACACACAGAUGGUGUGGGCAAGCACCAACAGAAUGGGAUGUGCUUUGAACAAAUGUUCAAACAUGUAUGUGUUUGGGAGCACUUGGAAGCAGGCAAUCCUUCUAGUUUGCAACUAUUCUAUAAAAGGUAACUGGGUUGGAGAAGCACCAUACAAGCGUGGUAAGCCCUGCUCUGCCUGUCCGUCAAGCUAUGGAGGCUCCUGCCGUAGAAACCAAUGUUCCUCCAGUUCAAAACCAAAGAAAAGGAAGAGGCAUUAGAGGUACAACACAUGAAACUCUCCUGAUGUUUUAACAGAAGAAAUUACAAAAGUUCCCAUUUUAUUUUGUUAACUUUGAAUUCAUCUCAUCUCUCUCUCUCUCGUUAAUAUUCAAAGACUUUUAGAAAAGCGCAAGAUGUGGCUGCAAAAUGUUGGGAAUUCAUGA